AUGAAGAUCACUAUUCUUAUUCUUCUUCUCGCUUCAAUUAUUGUCAGUUCUGCAAACAUUGGUCCGUCAAGAUUUGUCAGUGGAAGGAAUGAUAAGACCUUCGUGCCAGAUCUUCCUGGAAGAACGAAUCGGAUUGAGACGAGAUCUCGUCAAGUCCGUUCAUUCACCUUCGAUCCAAAAGAUCUUAAAACUCCUCCUCGUAUAGUCAACAGACGUGGAAAAACAGUUCGUCGCACAUCUCCAUGA